CUCUCUGUAUCUCCGAGAAGAAAAAUAAAAAAAGAAAAACAGAGAUACGAGAUGGAGGGAGAGGAGGAGAAGGUGCCUUUGCUGCUUGAAUCAGCAGUCGAAGCCAGCGACGUUGGUUUGGGCUGCAAGAUCCUGAUCGAAUCAAAGAAGCUAUGGCAGAUCGUCGGCCCUGCCAUCUUCAGCCGCAUAGCCAUGUUCACCAUGAACGUCGUAUCACAGGCCUUCGCCGGUCAUUUGGGCGAUCUAGAGCUUGCUGCCUUCUCCAUAGCCAACACCGUCGUUGUCGGACUCGUCUUCGGUCUCAUGUUAGGUAUGGCCAGCGCUCUAGAAACUCUAUGCGGACAAGCUUACGGAGCGAGGAAAUACCACAUGUUGGGCAUCUACAUGCAACGGUCUUGGAUCGUCCUCGUUGGCAUCUCUAUCCUUCUUUUGCCGAUAUAUAUCUAUUCAGCUCAGAUCCUGAUGCUCAUGGGUCAGCCACGUGAUAUCGCAGAGUUGGCAGGGACCAUGUCUCUGUGGAUGAUCCCUCUUCAUUUCUCAUUCGCCUUUCAGUUCCCUCUACAAAGAUUCUUGCAGUGCCAACUCAAGAACGCUGUCAUCGCAUACGUUUCUGCAUUCGCGUUCGCUGUACAUAUAUUCAUUAGCUGGCUGUUUGUGUACGUUCUCGAUUUCGGUAUCAUCGGGGCUGCAUGCACCUUGAAUUUCUCAUGGUGGGUGGUGGUGCUUGGUCAGUUUGGUUAUACUGCUUUCGGAGGGUGUCCUCUUACAUGGACCGGUUUCUCUAAGGACGCUUUCUCUGGUUUAUGGGAGUUUCUUAAACUCUCCAUUGCUUCGGGUGUUAUGUUGUGUUUAGAGAACUGGUACUAUAGAAUAUUGAUCUUGUUAACCGGGAAUCUGAAGAACGCUGAAGUCGCAGUCGAUGCGCUGUCCAUCUGCAUGAGUAUCAACGGCUGGGAGUUGAUGAUUCCACUUGCAUUCUUCGCCGGAACUGGAGUACGUGUUUCAAAUGAGUUAGGAGCGGGAAAUGGGAAAGGUGCCAAGUUUGCUACGGUUGUAUCUGUGGUCACAUCUUCGGUGAUCGGACUCUUAUUUUGGGUGCUGAUUAUGGUUGCCCACGAAAAGUUCGCUCUGAUAUUCACAUCAAGCACCAUCGUUAUCAAUGCAGUUAACAGAUUGGCUGUCCUAUUGGCUUUCACCAUCCUCCUUAAUAGCAUCCAACCAAUUCUGUCUGGUGUUGCAGUGGGGUCAGGUUGGCAAGCGUUCGUGGCAUAUGUUAACAUUGGAUCUUACUACUUGAUUGGAGUUCCUCUUGGAGUUUUCUUAGGAUGGGUAUUUCAUCUUGGAGUCCUGGGCAUCUGGGCUGGAAUGAUUGGUGGGACUGCCGUCCAAACGCUGAUAUUAGCUUACCUCACAGUGCGGUGUGAUUGGGAGAGGGAGGCCAUGAAAGCGAGCACAAGAAUGAAUAAAGAGGUGGUUUCUUCAUGAAAAAUCUUGAGGAGAUUGAAUUUCAUUAAUGCCGAAACAACCGUAAGUAGAUUCACCAAGGGGCAAUGGAUUUAGGUCGGAUGCCCAAUUGGCGAAGUUCACAUGCAUUGUUGAACUGAUAUUGUUAUUUUGAUUCAUUCUGCCGCAUGUACUGACGUGGUACACGUAAGAUUCAAUGGGCCCAUCGGGUGCGCUGCAUUGCAAGCAUGACCUUGACUAGUCCACUUAUCAGGAAGGCCUGCUUUGUUGGCCCACCAAAUGAAUGGACCAGUUUGAUUUUGGGA